GGGUUAAAAAAAAAUCCUUCAUGAAGAAGAAAGAUCUUAAGCAACAUGAUGGAUUCAGAAGCUCAUGAAAAGAGGCCACCGAUGCUAACAUCUUCAAAACAAGAUAUAUCGCCUCACAUUACAAAUGUUAGUGAAAUGAAGCAUUAUUUGUGUGGCUGCUGUGCAGCUUUCAACAAUGUAGCAAUCACAUUUCCCAUCCAGAAGGUCCUCUUUCGGCAACAGCUGUAUGGAAUCAAAACUCGGGAUGCAGUACUUCAGUUGAGGAAGGAUGGAUUUCGAAACUUGUAUCGUGGAAUCCUUCCCCCAUUAAUGCAGAAGACAACUACGCUGGCGCUUAUGUUUGGUCUGUAUGAAGAUUUAUCUUGCCUUCUCCAUAAGCACGUCAGUGCUCCAGAGUUUGCAACCCGUAGCGUGGCGGCAGUACUUGCAGGGACAACAGAAGCAAUUUUCACUCCAUUGGAAAGAGUUCAAACAUUGCUUCAAGACCACAAGCAUCAUGACAAAUUUACGAACACUUAUCAGGCUUUCAAGGCACUGAAGUGCCAUGGAGUUAGAGAGUAUUAUCGAGGUUUGGUGCCCAUUCUUUUCCGUAAUGGAUUCAGCAACGUCCUCUUUUUUGGCCUCCGAGGCCCCAUUAAGGAGCAUUUGCCAACUGCAACAACUCACAGUGCUCAUUUGGUCAAUGAUUUUAUCUGUGGAGGUCUACUGGGUGCCAUGUUGGGAUUCUUGUUUUUUCCAGUUAAUGUGGUAAAAGCUCGCAUACAGUCUCAGAUUGGUGGGGAAUUUCAGUCUUUUCCCAAGGUUUUCAAAAAAAUCUGGCUAGAACGGGACAGAAAACUGACAAAUCUUUUCAGAGGUGCCCAUCUGAAUUACCACCGGUCCCUCAUCUCUUGGGGCAUAAUCAAUGCAACUUAUGAGUUCUUGUUGAAGGUUAUAUGAGAAAAAUCAUCAGUUAAGUGCCAUUUAUCAACUGAAUAGACCUUUUAAGAAGAAUGUGGUAUGGCCUUGUUUCUAAUUGGCCAAAUACAAGUUGGUUUCAUAAGUCCAGGCCACAGUGAAUUAUGGGCAAAGCUGUUUUCCUUAAGCAUCAACAAAAACAGUAAAAGUUUUCUAUAGGAAAAUUUAAGGUUUUUGUUUUAUUAUCAUUACCCAGGAGCUUUAGGCUAAUUGCCUGCUUUUGAAGACCAAACUGCAAAUACAUACAUUACCAGGGAUGGUUUUGUGUUCUCCUAUAGACUUCUUAAAUUUGACAAAAAAAUAUUCAGCGGAACUUAUAGCCAACAGCUUUUUUUGAACUUCAAGUCAAAAUGUGUUAUUAAUGAGAUUCUAUUAUUACUUUCAGUUGAACUAUUGUAAUAAUUUUGAAAAGGCAAAAAAGACUGAAUAACUAUCUGAAAAGCUUUAAAAGUGGCCUGUUACAUAUGUGGCACAGACAGCUCAUGAGCACAGGACACUUAACAGUCUUGUGCCCUCUCCUUCAUGUCUGAUGUUGCCAGAAAUACAUCACAGAUUCUGUAUUUAACAUACUUAGAGUGGUAUGAGCCCUCAGGACUGCACCACAGAGUAAACACAACCUUUAUAUGGUGGCAAAUUUGUGUGUCUUAUUUGUUUCAUUUGUGGUUGGGGACAAAGUUGAUGUUUUUGUCUCAAUAGUUGAUACUGAUCUUAAAUGGUUAUAUAAUCACCUGCUGUAUAUUGUGAAAUGUGCAAUAAAACAGAAUUGUGUAUAUAUAGUUAUCUUUGGAUGCCUGAAAUUCCCAAGCUCAUUUACAAUGGUAAAAGUAUAAGGCUGGGCAAACAUGUAAGGGAAUAAUCGAUAGUAAACAGAAUAUAUAAAAUGGGAAGCAAAGGGCCUACUUCGCAUUAAGCCAAUCGUAUUGAACAUGGGUUCGGUUUAAGUGAAGUACUAUAGCAUGAGGAGUGUGCAGUCAUCAAAUGAAGGCUAGACAGAAGAUUAUAUCUGAAGAGAGAGUAAGCUUUAAAAGAAGUCAGAGCUGGCUUCUUUUAAAUCAAAGUAUUUCUCUUGUGCAGAUGAAUGCAUAUCAAAGACUUGAACAGGCAUUCUAAAUUUGAGGAUUUUUAGUUUCUAAUGCUGUCUUUUUUGCUUAAUAUUAAAUAUUUGUUGCCUAAAUGUCUCCCAGAUUGUGUGGCAGAGUCUCUACAUGUUUCCUCUUUUAAAGUUUCAUUAUUAAAAAAUGGUUAAGCAUACAAAACUAUUUUGUUUGAUAUCUUGAGUUUUGUGACUGAGUUUAAAUGAAAUCUGUUAAAUGUUUUGGAGUUAACAUACUUUUUUUGGUAAUUGGAAUAAAGUUUGUUUUUUAAGCCUU